AUGAGCGCCGGGCCUGGCGAAAAGCAAAGGGGCUGCCAGUCUCGCGCGCUCAGACGGCUGGCUGACAGCACCGCCCAGCCCAGGCCGCUGCCCACUCUCAGGAAUUGUGUUCGUGUCUUCCAGGACGCAAGACAGAAGCUGUGGCCAGGCAUUGCCUCUUUAAUGCUGAAGGAGGCUUACUGUGCAGAGAGAGGCACCAAUAAGGGAUAUCCUGAAAAUAUGUCAGAAGCUUCAUCCUACCAUGACUUUUUCUAUGAUUCCCUAUCAGACACACAGAAUGGAGAAUUUUCAAAUGAACUUUCUGCCUUCCUUACCCAGGAGGAGAUAUGUAAGAGCCUUGACAUAGCUCGGGAAGCCAUUGCCAAUUCCAUGAAGGAGGAUCAGAAUGCAGCACCAGACUUUACUCAUUAUUUUAAGACCUCUCAUUCUAGCACUUCAGAAAAUCCUUCUUUCAGGGAUACCAAACUGCAUGAGCAAGAUGCUUUACAGAGGCUUCAAGCAAGCAGUCUGACUUCAUCUGCUGCAAGUCACGUUCUCCCAGGGAGUCAGAAAGAGCAAUCCACCGCAGCUCAAACACCAAAUAGUUUUGACACAGUUUCCAGGAGGCAAGCAAGCACCUCACCUUUGCUAACUGCUAGUCCCAGCUUCAUUAGAAGCCUGAAACAUUUGGAGAAAGAUGGUCCGGGUGUGCCUAAGACAAGCCCAAAGUCCGAAUCGGCAUCCCAGGGAGAAGUUCCUUUCAGGAGCAAGCUGUGCGACAAAGCUGCCACAUUCAUAGAGGAACUGUCAUCUAUAUUUAGACAGGCAGCAAAGACAAGAGGCCGAAGUCCUGACGGGGACUCUUCUUCUCCAGACAGUGGAUACCUAUCUCCUAAAAAGAAACAACCAGCUGAAAGUACCUCAGUGAACCAGGAGUUUGACAAGCCACAUCAAGAGACUGAGCCUGAGGCAAAAUUACCUGGAGUUCAUCUGAAUGGAGAACACUUUUCUGAAAGGGACAGCAUCACUCAGAGCAAAAUGGUCCUUUGCCACCCCUUCAUCAACAUGGAAGAGAAUCAAUCCUCACCACCUCAAUUCACUCAGAAGCUCCGGAGCCAGGAAGUUGCUGAAGGAAACAAAGUGUUGCUGGAAUGCAGAGUUUCAGGCAACCCAGUUCCUGAUGUCAG